GCCUCUUUCAUCACUUCCUCCGGCAGAGCUGGGCUCGGCUUAGCGCUGUUUAGCAAAUACGCGGCCAUCUUGGAUUCAGCAGUCUAGCUACAGGCGACGCUUAGUUUUUGGGAUGGGUGGAACUGAAACAAAACUUGGGGAUUCCUGGGUGUAAUUAUUUUUUAACGAAUAGGUUCGCGUCGUCAGUUUUAUCCUGAGCAUUUUGGCGGAACUUCACUAACUUCCCAAAUCGGCGUCGGACCGUUUGUAUAGCGGUUAUAACCUGAAGUCCCCUCCUCCUUCUCGCCAAACCGCUGUGUGCAGUUCGGCGGGCCUGGAGUAACUGUAUGGGCUUGGUUUCGUUACCAACUUUUUUUAUUUUGACAGCGUUUGUUCACUUUCUAAACUAACUGGCCACCUUUUUGGAGUACGGUUAUGGUGGGCGCAUGUUCAGCACUGCACAAGUUUGUGUUGUGUGCCACCGGUUGGACAUCACAGCGCCGUGUGGUGUAAUGCGGCUCGAUAAAUGACUUUAUUAACGUGGAGUGGCGGCGUCUUCCGGCGUGUGUUGUGCUGAAAGUUCGCCUUUGGAUCGCAGUCAGAGCUGAUCUCCUCCAUGGUCUGUCGGAUAACUGCUUUGUGCUCUUCCUUCGGACCGAGGCGCUGCGAUUAGACACACACUUGGACAAGGAGAAGCACUUUGGAGAUCGAGACGCGUUAAAAUGUCAACGAGGACACCACUGCCUACAGUCAAUGAGCGCGACACGGAAAAUCACACCUCGCACAGUGACGGGCGGAACGAUGGUGCCACGAGAUCUAGCCGCUCAGGGGCUCGAUGCCGCAACUCCAUCGCCUCGUGUGCCGAUGAGCAGCCGCAUGUUGGCAACUACCGGCUGCUCAAAACCAUCGGCAAGGGCAACUUCGCCAAGGUCAAAUUGGCACGACACAUCCUGACUGGACGAGAGGUGGCCAUAAAAAUUAUUGAUAAGACGCAGCUCAAUCCUACCAGUCUCCAAAAGCUCUUCCGAGAAGUAAGAAUAAUGAAGAUUCUGAACCAUCCAAAUAUUGUAAAGUUGUUUGAGGUCAUUGAAACGGAGAAAACCCUUUAUCUGGUGAUGGAAUACGCCAGUGGAGGGGAGGUGUUUGACUACCUCGUAGCACACGGCCGGAUGAAGGAGAAGGAGGCCAGGGCUAAAUUUAGACAGAUCGUAUCAGCUGUACAGUACUGCCAUCAAAAACACAUUGUGCACAGAGACCUCAAGGCAGAGAAUCUGCUGCUAGAUGCAGAUAUGAACAUUAAGAUAGCAGACUUCGGCUUCAGUAAUGAGUUCACGCUGGGCAACAAGUUGGACACGUUCUGUGGCAGUCCACCAUACGCCGCUCCUGAGCUCUUUCAGGGAAAGAAGUACGAUGGACCUGAGGUGGAUGUCUGGAGCCUGGGGGUCAUUCUCUACACGCUAGUCAGUGGAUCGCUGCCUUUUGAUGGCCAGAACCUGAAGGAGCUGCGGGAGCGAGUGCUAAGGGGGAAGUAUCGCAUACCCUUCUACAUGUCGACUGACUGCGAAAACCUCCUCAAGCGCUUCCUGGUGCUUAAUCCUAUCAAGCGGGGUACACUUGAGCAAAUCAUGAAGGACCGGUGGAUCAACGCUGGCUUUGAGGAGGAUGAACUCAAGCCCUUUAUGGAGCCAGAGCUCGACAUCUCAGACCAGAAAAGAAUAGAUAUAAUGGUGGGAAUGGGUUACUCCCGUGAGGAGAUCCAUGAGUCUCUGACUAGGAUGAAGUAUGAUGAGAUCACUGCAACCUACCUGCUGCUGGGUAGGAAGCCCACUGAGUUGGAUGCUGCUGACUCCAGCUCCAGCAGUAACCUGUCCCUGACCAAAGUCAGACCCAACAGUGAGCACAACAAUGGCCAAUCACCAUCUCACCUCAAAGUCCAGAGGAUCACCUCCAACCAGAAACAACGCCGCUUCAGUGACCAGGCUGGUCCUGCUAUUCCCUCAGUGGGUUACCCGAAGAGAAGCCAGACCACCACAGCAGAUAAUGAGCACAAAGAGGAAAGCAGUGCCCAGCCUCGCAAGUCCAGCUCUUCCGGGAGCCGUGGCGUGGCACCCCCUAGCCCCCUGCUGGGCAACGCCAACAACCCAAACAAGGCUGACAUUCCUGACCGCAAGAAGGCCUCCACUGCCCCUGGGAGUAACACUGUGUCUGGGGGGAUGACCAGGAGAAAUACAUAUGUUUGUAGUGAACGCACUGCUGGGGACCGGCACUCUGUCAUCCAGAACGGCAAAGAAAACAGCCUGAGUGAAAUGUCAGCGUGUGCCGCCGCAAGUCCGUCUUCAUAUGCUGCUGCUCUCACUGCUUCGUCUGCCUCGGUUCGUCUGAGGCACUACAAAGCCACGCCACUUUCAGCUUCUGGCUACACCUGCCGCUCUACACUGCCCCCUAGUGACGGUCCCACUGAACUCUUCAGGCCCAACACAACCACGCCCUCUUCGCAGCGAAACCCUGGGGCCUCCACCCACAGCAUCAGUAGCGCCACGCCACCAGACCGCCUCCGUUUCCCACGAGGCACGGCGAGUCGCAGCACCUUCCACGGUGGCCAGUUGAGAGAGCGACGUACGGCCACGUACAACGGACCCCCUGCCUCGCCCACCCUCUCCCAUGAUGCAACACCACUCUCACAGUCACGCAGCCGCGGGUCAACCAACCUCUUCACCAAACUCACCUCCAAGCUCACACGCAGAAACAUGUCUUUCAGGUUUACCAAAAGAGUACCAGCAGAGUUUGAGAGGAAUGGCAGACAUGAGGGCUCAAGUCGGACCGUGUCCGGGGAUCAGAAGGAGGAUCAGAAAGACACCAAGCCACGUUCCCUGCGCUUCACCUGGAGCAUGAAGACCACGUCGGCCAUGGAGCCAAGCGACAUGAUGCGCGAGAUCCGCAAGGUGCUCGACGCCAACAACUGCGACUACGAGCAACGCGAACGCUUCCUGCUGCUCUGCGUCCAUGGCGACGGCCAUGCCGAGAGCCUCGUCCAGUGGGAGAUGGAGGUGUGCAAGUUGCCCCGUCUCUCUCUCAAUGGCGUGCGCUUCAAGCGGAUAUCGGGAACUUCCAUUGCGUUCAAGAACAUAGCUUCAAAAAUUGCCAAUGAGCUAAAGCUGUAAAAAAAAUAUAAAUAAAUAAAUAAUCAAAAUGUGAAAAUGUGACAAAAGGACUAAGGCAUACAAAAAUCUAUUAUUUUUUUGUUUUUUUUUUUCUUUCUGAAAAAAGUAGCAGAUUCAAGGAUCCUUUCUCGAAUGCUUACAGAAAUGUGUAACGAAAUGUAUAGAAUCAUGCCUUAGGUGGUAUUAUUAUUAUUAUUAUUAUUAUUAUUAUUAUUAUUAUUGUGACUGGUGGUCUAAAACUGUAUGGAAAAGAAGUGAUGGUUGGUGGUUUUCUUUUUAUUUAUGCACUACUGCAUUAGCUGCCCAAUAGGCCUUUAGUUAACCCUUCAUUUAAAACAGAGGGAUGACAAAGUCACAGUAUUUCUCUUCAGUGCCGUGCCUGCCCACAACUCCUUUAGUCUCUUUUUUUGAUACUAAGCAAAAAUGGCCGUUGUGUUGUUCGAUAGGAAAAUGAUAUGCACCCCAACUGCCCAAAGCUGCUGAUGGCAGUAUAGUCAUAUUGCUCCCUCCUCAUAUAAUCAGACAGGAACUGACUUUGACUUGUUGGAAUGAACUGUUCUAUAUGCCUAAAGAUGGACAGGAUCUGCUUAUUUAUAGACUGUGGUGCCAUGAAUCUGCUGGGUGAGGUCACAGGAGAGUUCAGCCACAGCACCUUUUAGCGAAACCUCAUGGUUGUAAUGCAUUGUGAGAUUUUGACUAACAAUUUUCAGAGAAUUAAAAGACUUAUUCAGAGCAGGAAGAUUUUCCUUCCUGGUCUGUUGGUAUAUUUAGUUUAUUUCCAUAUGAAGUGUUUUUUCUUUUGUAACAUAUAUUGGAAGUUGUUGAACUGUUUGUAUUCUGAUGAGGUGAAAAGGGCCUAUGGAGGAGUCAGGCUCCUGAGUCAAGAUGUCGUUUUUCAGGCCUCAGUAUUCACUCCUAUCCGUAAAGAAACCAUGGCACUGUUUUUAUUUUUUUUUUUUGGAAUGUAAAUAAUGUACCUUAGUUUUGCAACAGCUACAUAUUGAUAUACUUUUUUUUUUUUUUCUUUUCUAAAUCUGGCUGUGAGUUGGAAACUAUGGAAAUUAAUGUACUCAUCACAAGAUAAGGUUAAUCAGUGUCUUCAUUAAAACACACUUGAAACUAAAAUCUGAUGUCUCUUUCUUUACACCAGUGCGUUAAAACUGCUGGAGGCGUAGGAUUUUGUGCUUUAUGUAUUGUAUCAUGGGCUUGGCAACUGGCUGUUGGAAGAGUAUCCUUAUUUAAGGUGUUUUAAAGCAGGUAGAACAUGAAAUCCUGCUGGAAAAUGGUGUCAUUCUGACAUGGAGUGUGAAAUAGUUUAAAGUCGACCAGAAUUGAUCAUAAAGCUUGGGUUAUUGUUUGUAUGGAGCUUUGCAUGUUCUCCAUGUACACUCACUAUGCACUUUAUCAGGAACUCCUGCACGUUCAUGCAGUUAUAUGAUCAGUCCAUCAUGUGGCAGCAGCACAGCUGAAAAGAGCACUGACUGGAGCUCUUGACUUGUAUCUGCAUGAUCACAUCCAACAUCAGAAUGAAGAAAAAUGUGAUCUCGGUGACUGACUGUGGCAUGGUUGUUGGUAUUAGAUGAGCUGGUUUGAGUAUUUCAGAAACUACUAAGCUGGGAAUUUCACAGUUUACACGGAAUGAUGCAAAAAAAAAAAAAAAAAAAAAUACAUUGAGUGAGCGACAGUUCCGUGUGUGGAAACAUACUGUUGAGAGAUUAGAGGAAAAUGGGCAGAUUGGAUCAAGCUGAUGAGAAGUCUAUAGUAACUCAAUCAACCGUGGUGAGCAGAAAAGCAUUUUAGCAUGCACAGAACAUCGAGUCUUCAGGUGGAUGAGCUACAUCGGCAGAAGACCACACCGGGUUCCGCUCCUGUCAGCCAAGAACAGGAGUCUAUCAUGGGCACAGACUCACUCAAACUAGACAGGUGUAUAGAUGUUCCUAAUAAAGUGGACAGCGAGUGUAUGUUUCCUCCGGGUUCUUUGUUUUCCGCCCACCUCCCAGAAUAAUACCAGUAGGUGAUUGAAUUUAAAGCCACAGUGUCCAGGAUAAAUUGAUUACUGAAGAUCUAUUCCUGGACCAAAUAAGCAUUUUUUUUUAAUCAACACGUCUACUCUGUUACCCAUAAACCCUCAGUUGUAUCCAAUGCAUAAUAGGAAAAAUGUUCAUGAACAGACUGUUUAAAAGUCUACUGUUGUAUAUGAAAUAUACAUGAAAUAAACACGAGGGAGACCUAGUAUGAGUAAUAUGUAAUCUUAUUGAGAAUUCACUGGGCUGGUGGACUGUAUGAAUAGAUGUUCACC